AGAAACUGUAUCAACGUCAUUCACUGAGUUGCGGCUGCGCUUUCCAAAGUAGUUCGAGUAGUGUUUGUCAGAGACAGCAGAAUGGGUGGGGGCGACAUUCGAGUAUUUUCGUAAUCUCAUACUGCAGGAAUUUUAAACCCGUCUCUGAGCUCGGCCAUUGGUGACGAGGACGUGGAGGCGGGGGCAAGCUUUUUGAAUGAAGGUUGUUUUCUGUGUUGACACCGUGAUACUGAAAGCCUCCGGCCGAGAGAUCCACAUAUUCCAAUGUAAAAUUAAACAAAUGAAAGAGGAGGAGCCGGCACUCAUUUAUUUACAGAUUAGGCUACACGAUGUGGAGUGUAGAGACUCCGUGCAGCGCGAGCACGAGAUUGGCGAGCAGCAGACGUUUUCACAGGUUGAUUUACAUUUUGCACGGAGCAGGAAAGCAAAAGUUACAUAUUUUCUGGCGUCAUCAUUUCCCAUAGAACUAGGCUACGGGGACAUCAGAUACCAUGAUAAAUAAGACGUGCCUGUCCUUUCACCAUACAAUCAAUUUUAUAGCGACAUUUCGGAUACUGCCAUUGGUGCUGUGACUUCACUUUGUCUACUAUUCUUGGAAGAGCAGAGCAGAAAGAAACCUACUAAGUUUUUAUUAUAGACAAUCCUUGUCAAUCAGUAGGAUACUGUCGCUAUCUGAUGCAUGAGCGAUGCAGCCAGAACACAACAGUAACCCCUAUACUGGACAGGAUGAUGGGGGGGUCAACGGGAUAGGAGACAAUCAGACGGAGGAGGAAGCAUUGAGCAGCGAGCCGCCGACCGAACACUGUGAUGAGGCUACUGCAGACUCUGUAAUGGCGCACAACGGUGGUUCUCCCCAAGACCAGGAGAAUCAGCAAGCACAUAAGGGGCACCAGGGACAGGACCUGGGAGAUAGCGAAUGCAAGAUCCCACACGAGGACAGCACUAUCCAGCUAAUCGAGGCUGGAUGUCUCGAUAGUAAACCCGGUGUGUCCCCGAAUUCCCAGUCUCAGUCCCCGGCACCAGGGCAGAGCCCCGGGUUCAUCCCACCCGAGGGCGGGGUCGGCUGGUUAGUUGUUUUUGCUGCUACCUGGUGUAAUGGAUCCAUCUUCGGGAUACAGAACUCCUUCGGUAUCCUCCACAUGAUGCUGGUGGAAGACCACGCAGACCCCAAUGACAAAACGUCGCAGUUUAAAGUAGCCUGGGUGGGGGCCCUGGCGAUGGGCAUGAUCUUCUUCUGUUCCCCGGUGGUCUCCAUGUUCACCGAUCACUUCGGCUGCAGGAAGACAGCUGUGGGCGGGGCCACCAUGGCCUUCAUCGGACUCCUCAGCACCGCCUUCGCAACGUCCCUCAGCCUACGGUAUUUCACCUAUGGGAUCCUGUUUGGCUGUGGCUCAUCCUUUGCCUUCCAGCCCUCCCUGGUGAUCCUGGGCCACUACUUCCGGCGGCGGCUUGGCCUGGCCAACGGCGUGGUGACGGCGGGCAGCAGCCUGUUCUCCAUGGGCCUCCCGGUGCUGCUCACCAAGGUGGUGGAGCCGCUGGGCCUCAGCAGAACCUUCCAGAUCCUCAGCCUCUUCAUGCUGGUCCAGGCCCUGCUGGCCCUGACCUUCAGACCCCUGCUGCCCCAGAGAGCUCCAAUGGGACCAGCAGAACCAGGGGGCCCCGCUGGGUCCACAACCCAGCCAGGAGCCCCUGCCCGGGGAAGCCGCUGGAGCAGUGCCCAGACCCAGGUCCGGAAGGCCUUUAACGUGAAGGUGUUCCACAUCGUCACCUACCGGGUGUGGGCGUUCGGGGUGUCUACGGCUGUGCUGGGUUACUUUGUGCCUUACAUCCACUUGAUGAACUUCGUGAAGGAGCAGUUCAAGGAGCCCCAGAAGGAGUGGAUCUUGUUGGUGUGUAUAGGAGCCUCAUCUGGCGUGGGACGCCUCCUCUUCGGGAAAGUAGGAGACCUCAUUCCCGGAGCCAAGAAGAUCUGGAUGCAGUCGGUGUCGUUCAUGGUGCUGGGGCUGAUGUCCAUGAUGAUCCCCCAGUGCACUGUGUUCGAGGGCCUGAUUAUGGUGUGUGUGUUCCUGGGGCUGUGUGACGGCUGCUUCAUCACCAUCAUGGCUCCUAUAGCCUUUGAGCUGGUGGGCCCCAUGCAGGCCUCCCAGGCUAUAGGAUACUUACUGGGACUCAUGGCCCUGCCCAUGACCGCAGGACCCCCCAUCGCUGGACUCCUGCAUGACUACUGUGGUGAUUACAACAUGGCCUUCUACCUGGCAGGGGGCCCUCCCAUCGUGGGGGGCAUUGUGCUGUUCUUUGUGCCUCUGAUACACCGGCGGCAGCAGAGAGCCUUUGAGAACCAGGAUGGGGGGCCGGAUGACUCCAGCACGGAUCAUAUGCUGCCCCCGGCGGCCUGCUCUAACGGAAACAUGAUUCCUGGGUACACUGACGUGGAAACACACAUCUGAGUAGCACUACACAAAGGGAUUCUAUUCACCAGCACCUGAGAUCUGUCCGUCACUGCACCUCCUCCCUUCCACCUCGCCCCUGACCACGGACUACCUGAUGAUGUACCUCUCAACCUCUGACACAGUUUCUAUAGGAAGACCCCUCCUGUCUAUAGGAAGCCCUCUCCUCUCUGAACGCCAUGAGUUUCUUAUAGUGAUCACUGUGGUCUAAGGAAAGAGGGGGAGAAGUUUUUUUUGCCCUCUGAAGUAAAGGAGGAACACGUCACUGAUCAUCCUCCUUGAACGAAGAGAGAGACGAUUGGCAUUAUCAUAGGACCUGGGCGUCACACAAAUCAAAACAGUGCACUCGUUCCCUGUGUCUUUCAGCUCAUUUAAAAUGGUUUUAGACUUCAAAAUGUGAAUUCACACAAUAAGUGUGUACCAUAUAGAGCUGGCCGCCUGAAAACAAAUAUUUUUUAAACUCUGUUACGUCUGGAAUCAGAGUAUGUAAAUGUUUUAAUAUGCUUCAGUAGGUUUUUAAAUGACAGAUUAUUCAGAAAGAUAAAUGGUAUUAGAGUAAUUGAAUAUACUUUGUACUUCUCUGUCUGGACCACAAGCAUCUCACACUUUAUUUAAUGUUAUGUUCUUUCUGUCUGUAGGUGUUUCAUUAUAUACACUACCGGUCAAAGUUUUUAGAACACCUACCCAUUUUUCUUUAUUUUUUUAAUUUUUUUCUACAUUGUAGAAUAAUAGUGAAGACAUCAAAACUAUGAAAUAACACAUAUGGAAUCAUGUCGUAAAGCUGUCAUUAAGGCAAAGGGUGGCUAUUUGAAGAAUCUCAAAUAUAAAAUACAGAAGUUUACAUACACCUCAGCCAAAUACAUUUAAAUUCAGUUUUUCACAAUUCCUAAUAUUUAAUCCGAAUAAAAUGCCCUGUUUUAGGUCAGUUAGGAUCACCACUUUAUUUUAAGAUUGUGAAAUGUCAGAAUAAUAGUAGAGAGAAUGAUUUAUUUCAGAUUGAAGGUAGGCCUUGAAAUACAUCCACAGGUACACCUCCAAUUGACUGAAAUUAUGUCAAUUAGUCUAACAGAAGCUUCUAAAGCCAUUACAUCAUUUUCUGGAAUUAUCCAACCUGUUUAAAGGCACAGUCAAUUUAGUGCAUGUAAAGUUCUGGCCCACUGGAAUUGUGAUACAGUGAAUUAUAAGUGAAAUAAUCUGUCUGUUAACAAUUGUUGGAAAAAUGACUUGUGUCAUGUACAAAGUAGAUGUCCUAACCGACUUGCCAAAACUAUAGUUUGUUAACAAGAAAUUUGUGGUGUGGUUGAAAAAUUACUCCAACCUAUGUGUAUUUAAACUUCCCACUUCAACUGUAUAUUUUGAUUUGUUUAAAACUUUUUGUUGGUUACUACAUGAUUCCAUAUGUGUUGUUUCAUAGUGUUGAUGACUUCACUAUUAUUCUACAAUGUAUAAAAUAGUAAAAAUAAAGAAAAACCCUUGAAUGAGUAGGUGUUUGAAAACUUUUGACCGGUAGUGUAGAUCUAGGGCAUAAUAUAGGACAUUUGAAAUAUUUCAGUUAUUAUGAUAACUUAUUGAAGUUAUAUUUUGCAAGUUUCAAUGAAUUUUGUUUCUGAUCGAUCAAGGAAGAACACAUCUGUUUCAAUUUUGUAUUGUACUAUAGGUCUCAAUGGUGAUUCCCUCUUGGAAAAGCCAGUAAAACGAAGUCACCUCAACCACGUACGUACUUAUGCAGUUUUUCCACAUGUAACCUGUGCCAUGGCGGAGCUACGGAUAGAGAGUACCAGACCAAACAGAACAGAUUAUUUACCGGCUUCUGACUUUGUAGAGCCGUACAUCCAUUUUUUUAACAGUCACAUUUCUAAGACUUUAAGUCAAUCAGAUCGUUUUCAUACACAAGUGUGGAUACUUUAAAGUAAAUACACCUCUGAGAAGUUUUGCCAAUGUUUUAUUUACUCUGCAGAUUUGUUUUUAUUGUUUUUAAGUUUCUAAAUGUUUUUACCAUCUGUCUUACAAUGGCAUUUGGAUCUUGUUAUUCCCAUGGGGGUGAAUCCUAACAUCCAUUGGCAUCAAUAUAUGACUAAGUGAAAAUUGGAAAGAAAAGAAAAAUAACCUUUUAGUCUGCCAGGUUUUUUGCAAACAAUCCAAAUCUACAUGAAGUGUAUUGAGUUUAAUUUUGAAUCGAAAGGUCCUAGUUUUUGCUGUGUGUGUUUGGGCAUUGGUCCACAGACCAGAGAACGAUUUGAUAUGACAUGCAUGCACUCAUUGGCUAGGUCCACAUCAAACUGAUGACUCUUUGUUGAUGACUUUGCUGCUUCUUCUCUUCAGAUGACAACAUACCGGUUGUUGGGUUCAUGCGUCGUCACGGUAAUAACCAGAUACUGCCUCAUGGAGAUUCUCACUCUAGUAGAGAAAUUCAAUAAAUUGCAGUUGCUGUUACAUUUCAUAAAUGUUAAACGGACCACUUACCUACAUGAGAUGACAUUUUACGCACGACAGAAGGGUUGAAUAUGAGUGUCCCGAAUGGCACCCUAUUUCCCUAUAUAGUGCCCUAUGGUCAAAAGUACCACACUAUAAAGGGAAUAGAGUGACAUUCGGGACACGGCCUAGACCUAAUGGUAGGACAGAGGGAAACGGCCUAGACCUAAUGGUAGGACAGAGGGAAACGGCCUAGACCUAAUGGUAGGACAGAGGGAAACGGCCUAGACCUAAUGGUAGGACAGAGGGAAACGGCCUAGACCUAAUGGUAGGACAGAGGGAAACGGCCUAGACCUAAUGGUAAGACACAGGGAAACGGCCUAGACCUAAUGGUAGGACAGAGGGAAACGGCCUAGACCUAAUGGUAAGACAGAGGGAAACGGCCUAGACCUAAUGGUAGGACAGAGGGAAACGGCCUAGACCUAAUGGUAGGACAGAGGGAAACGGCCUAGACCUAAUGGUAGGACAGAGGGAAACGGCCUAGACCUAAUGGUAGGACAGAGGGAAACGGAGAGAGGACAAACACGUCAAUACCUCAGUAAUCUAGUUAAAUAUGUUGCCAUUCUUCAAAUGAUGACAUCAUACUUCCAAGUGAAAUGAAAUGGUUGCUUGUUGCAGUUUUUAUCUCCAGCUGUUAGUUUCAGAGCCACAGAGCUUCACAUACUGCCAACAUGUUCCAAAACACCAUUUUCAAUCUACUUCACUCCAGUUAUUAAUACUCAUUAUUGUUGCUUUACUAGAUGCUCGGAAAUAUGACAUAACAGUUCCAAUCCAUGAGGAAACUGGUCAGACCUGUGUGUGUAUAUGAGAUGUACCUUCCAUCGCUGUGAGCCAUACUUUUUAAACUCUUUAUUUUUCCUUCCUGCUUCUCUAAAUGUCAUUCCCUCUGACAGUUCAGUACCUGCCAUAUAAUAUAGCUUUUAUCCCUAUGGUCCUAGCCUCCAUUAAGGCUGCAGACUGAAUGGACAAGGGUCACCAAGUUAUCUCUACUCUUACCUCAUUAAGUUCCUCCGUCUCUUCUCUCUUCUGCUGAUCUCGCCGCCAUGCUGCUCCUAUAUCUCCUACAGCUGGUCUGAGAGCCCGCUAGUUCACCGUGCAUUAUCAUCCUUAGGAUAGAUGGAAAGGGGAAACCUGUUUGAUCAAGCAAGCUGCAAUACAAUAUGUCACUUUUGAUUAUUUAUUUUGAUCAUUCUCCUAUAUUUGGUCAGAGAGCUUGCUGGAUAUAGCCUGGUUUCAACCAGAUUGAACCAUUGUGAGUGCAGCAUUCAGUCUGGUCUACCAGGCUAUGCUGCUGGCUCACCAAGCAUCCUUAUACUGUAGAUGCAGAGUACACUGUGCUGUUUGCUCGCUAUAAUCAAACACUACAAGAUAUACUUUUGAUCAUUCUCUUUAGUUUGGCACUGGUCAUUGUUCUGUUUGUGUUUUGAUGAGAUCGGCUAUUGAAAUAUUAGAUUAUUAACCACUGAGACAUAUUUGGACAGGAGAGGUUAAUGACUGAUAGUGAAACAUGCAGCCUUCAUUGUGUUAACCACUAUUUGGCUAGUCAAAGUCCUGUUGUCUCUGCAGUGGUUUCUGAGUGGGCACUAGUGCAGAUUGCACCCGAAAUCUUGAGGCCCAGUACCAGUUCAAGGAACGGUCACGUAUAGGGUUACAUAGGCUUACAUGUACUCUAUGAGAGUAUAAUCUCAUUAUACAUCUUCAUAUUUACACGGCUUAAAUAACUACAUUAUUACAUUUGAUGUUUCCUAAUAUUGUUGGUAUUUUAAUUGUAUCUCCCCCCAUAGCAGCCAUAGCAUUCUAAACCCCAGUGAUCUUUUGGGACUUUUCUCCCAAACAAUAUGUCGUUUUUUAGUCUGAGCCAGCCCAGUGUGUGUUAGACAGGGCUGUUAAGGUCAAAUACAGUCCUCUUUUUAUUACGUCCUUGGGCUGGUGUACACCAAGUCUCUGUCCCAAAUGGAACCCUAUUCCCUUUAUAGCGGACUACUUUUGACCAGAGCCCUAUGGAUCCUGGUAAAAAAACAAGCACACUAUAUAGGGAAUAGAGAGCCAUUUGGGACGUAUCCCACGUCUGCAUACUUCUGACCACACCUACCUAGUUUCUUCUUUAGCUUUUGCUGUAUAACCCAUAGACUGUACAUCACCCUGACUGUGUCACCCGUAGACUGUACAUCACCCUGACUGUGUCACCCAUAGACUGUACAUCACCCUGACUGUGUCACCCAUAGACUGUACAUCACCCUGACUGUGUCACCCAUAGACUGUACAUCACCCAUAGACUGUACAUCACCCUGACUGUGUCACCCAUAGACUGUACAUCACCCUGACUGUGUCACCCAUAGACUGUACAUCACCCUGACUGUGUCACCCAUAGACUGUACAUCACCCUGACUGUGUCACCCAUAGACUGUACAUCACCCUGACUGUGUCACCCGUAGACUGAACAUUACCCUGACUGUGUCACCCGUGGACUUUACAUCAUCCUGACUGUGUCACCCGUAGACUGUACAUCACCCAUAGACUGUACAUCACCCUGACUGGAUCACCCGUAGACUGUACAUCACCCUGACUGGAUCACCCGUAGACUGUACAUCACCCAUAGACUGUACAUGACCAAUAGACUGUACAUCACCCAUAGACUGUACAUCACCCGUAGACUGUACAUCACCCGUAGACUGUACAUCACCUGUAGACUGUACAUCACCCUGACUGGAUCACCCGUAGACUGUACAUCACCCUGACUGGAUCACCCGUAGACUGUACAUCACCCGUAGACUGUACAUGACUGUGCUGCUCUUGUUUAAUAUUUUAUCUCAUCUCUUGCACAAUGUUUCUGCUGUUAUCUUCAUCACAACUCUCACCUCAAGAUUUCCUACCAACUGUCACCAAUCUCUUUCCCUCAACUUUUCAGUUAUAUAUAUUUUCCAUUGUAUUCUUUCAAGAAAUGUUAUAACAAUAGGAAUCAUAAGAUUUGAAAUGAAGAUGUAUGCUGCUAGAUACAUGUCAAGGUAUUUCGGAUCUGUAAUAAAACACAAUUUGUUAUCGUGUAAUAUGAUGGGAACUGCAUGAGUUUUCUCUGGCCAGCUGAGUGAAGCCAUCCACAGCAUUAUACUGUAUGUCUCUGGAUAUAACAUACUGCUAGUAAGUGUGUGUGUGAGACACAGUAUGACUCAUUGCAAAAUGCACUGAGGCUGAGCAUCAUGGUGUGUGUUACCUGUCCCCUGACUAACUGGCAUAUUUCCAUAUGCUAUAGUUUAAACUAUGUGAUAUUAUGUCUGACUAAUUGGGAAACAGUGUAUAUUUUAGCCCUGUGAAUAACUUCCAUAUUUGCAUAUGAACAUGGUUUAGUUAGUUCUGACAGUAGCUAUGACUACCAUAAAUGUGUUAUGUGAUGUUAAAUGAUGUGAUGUUCUGUUAGCUCAGUCUCAGUAUGACUCAGGGAUAAAUGAAAUGAUGCCUGUUAUCCGUGCCCUGACUGCUAUAUAUUUCCAUAUGAACAGGGAUCAGUGCAGCCAGGUGUCAAGCUGUUGGCUACAUCCCAAAUGGCACCCUAUUCCCUUUAAAAGCGCUAUACGGUCAAUCUCACAUCUGCAUUGGCAGUGCAGUAUUUAUGGUGAUAUGGGCUCUGCAGAAAUAAGGGCGUUCAUACUUCUUGCGCUUCGCAGAGCAGCGCAGAGCUGUUGUGAAGGAAGUUGUCAAGGAAGUGAGUUUGUCUUUAUACGGGGAUGCAGUAUGGAACUCAAUGUAUUUUCGAUCACCACAUUCUUUUGAAGAGAUUGGAAACCCAAAUUGGUCUACACGGACAAGUUCUGGCCUGGUUUAGAUCUUAUCUGUCGGAAAGAUAUCAGUUUGUCUCUGUGAAUGGUUUGUCCUCUGACAAAUCAAUUGUACAUUUCGGUGUUCCUCAAGGUUCCAUUUUAGGACCACUAUUGUUUUCACUAUAUAUUUUACCUCUUGGGGAUGUCAUUCGAAAACAUAAUGUUAACUUUCACUGCUAUGCAGGUGACACACAACUGUACAUUUCAAUGAAACAUGGUGAAGCCCCAAAAUUGCCCUCGCUAGAAGCCUGUGUUUCAGACAUAGGGAAGUGGAUGGCUGCAAACUUUCUACUUUUAAACUCGGACAAAACAGAGAUGCUUAUUCUAGGUCCCAAGAAACAAAGAGAUCUUCUGUUGAAUCUGACAAUUAAUCUUGAUGGUUGUACAGUCGUCUCAAAUAAAACUGUGAAGGACCUCUGUGUUA